AUGGAAAGAUCCGAUCCUCCUUCACCGAAGCGUCAGAAGACGGAGGAGGAAGCCACCCGCUAUAAUGGCUGUCCCGAUGAUGAUUUCGAUUUCGAUUCCGACGAUUGCUCCGACGGGGAGAUUGAGUUGUUCGACCAAGAGUUGGACAGGAGCGGCGGGGGUUAUGAAAUCGACUUCAAGAAAUUUCGCUACUGUUUUGGUUGGAGACCAUUUCAUCUGGAUGAUGUCUCAUUCUUUAGCGAUCCUGAAACCAACAGACAUUUCAUCGCUAAGUUGGUUAACCUUGCUCUCGACCAGCACAACAAAGAAAAUAAAACAAGCUUGGAACUGGGAAAGAUUUUGAUUGCCAACUUUCAUCCAUCUUGUGGAUUGACUUUCUACCUCUCAUUCGAAGUCAAUGAUCCUUCAGAUGGUAAUCAGACGAAACCCUACCGAGCUGUGGUUCGCUACUUCCCUGGAGAUAUUGAAGUUGUCUCUUGCAAUCCCAAAGAAAGUUAA